AGAAAGUGUCUUCUCUACAAUGCUAGUGGCUUUUUUAUAUACCAAAGGACGCAUUUUGUCAAGGCAAGAACCAGACCAGUUGUUGUUUAGGGUUUCUUUUCACCACUUGUGGACUUUCAUGUGAGUGGAGAUGGGAACAGCAAGCACAUGUGGAAUGGGAGUCGCUGGGGCGCUUUCACCCACAGAAACGAUAGGAAUGGGAUCCGUUCCAGUCACACCAGGCAGGCUGCGCCGCUGCUCUCUGUCUUGUUUAUCUCUUUGCGACCGAUAACAACAAACCUGUCGGCCCUCGGGGGGCUUGGCCAGUGUAUGUUUACCAAAACACACCACGACGUUGCCCUGGCUGCAGUCACAGUGCCAUCCAGCAGGAGGCAGUGCUUCAGUUCCGCAUUGCUGGUGGUGGUUUGUGACCUUAUUCAUGUACAACAAGUAUCUGAAAGCCUUGAUUUAAUUAGAGACUGUUCCCUAAAGUCUGAAGCCAUGAAAGAGAAAUUCGGUCAGGGUAUGGCCAUUGAUUCAGUAUUUAUUUCUUCGCAUGAGUCUUUUGAAAAAGGCACAGUAUGGGGUGCCGCGUGCCUGCUGUUGCUUGCUUCUCAUCUCUGGUGUGUUGGGUUUUGCGGAGUCGAUAAUCGGCGCUGUGGUGGGAGGGGCUGUGAUGAUUGUAGACAGCGCUGAGUGGCGUGGAGGAAGGCCGGGAAGGCAGAUUGUUUUGCCGAAAGGGCUCAAAGAGGAAGUGGUUAUUACCAGCUUGUGCCUCUUGUUCUUUUUUUUUCCGAAGCCAAGCUGUCCGUGACUCUCACACGCACAGCAGAGGCGACGGGAGGGGGUCACCCCUGUGGUCCCGGAGGCUGAUCUCCCCAGGGGUUCAUCAGGCCCGGACACAGGUCGUGCUUCCCAUCCCCGUCCGCGGAGGAGUCCCUGAUUUCGUUCUUGCUGAAGCCUUCAGUCCUCAUAGCAGAAGACAAAUCCGGCAGUUCGUUGGAAAAGCAGAAGAAGCUGGACGACCCCUCUGUGUUUCCUGCGGUGAUUGUGGAGCAGGUCCCAGCUGCCGACCUCAUGCAGGUGUAUUCUGGGCUGGAGUCUGAUGAGGUGCCCAACGGGAUCAUGGCCGACACGUCGCUGGACGUGGUAGAGGAGCAGAUCAUGGGCAGGGACCUCGGACUCGCAGUGGAAGCCGCUGGCCAGGACACAGAGGAGAACAUGGAGACGAUUGAGGCUGCAGAGGCUCUUCUGAACAUGGAGUCACCCAAUAACAUCCUGGACGAGAAGCGCAUGAUUCACGGCUACGGUACCUUGCUGGACUCCGAUCUCACGUACAUCUCUCUGCGACCGGACCAGCUCCAUGCUCAUGGAAACGGGGUGGACAUAUCACUGGACGAGGAGGAGUCGAUGGACGAGAUCCCACAGAAGAACCCCACCAAGCCCCCGAGGAAAAACAAGGUCCGCAAACCCAGGGUGGUGCGUCCCUGUUCCCCCGUGACCACGCCAAGCCUUCCUCUGAGGAAGAAGAGCAAGGAUGGGAAAGGGAACACGAUCUACCUGUGGGAGUUCCUCCUGGCCCUCCUGCAGGACAAGAACACCUGUCCCAAAUACAUCAAGUGGACUCAGAGGGAGAAGGGCAUCUUUAAGCUGGUGGACUCCAAGGCUGUGUCCAAGCUUUGGGGCAAACACAAGAACAAGCCUGACAUGAACUACGAGACCAUGGGCAGGGCGCUGAGAUAUUACUACCAGCGUGGCAUCCUUGCCAAGGUGGAAGGGCAGCGGCUGGUGUACCAGUUCAAGGAGAUGCCCAAGGACCUGAUCGUGAUCGACGACGAGGACAACCAGGGCUCCGGCUCCAGCCCCGGCCACGGCACCAACCACUCCAGCUCCCACGGCAGGGCCCUCUCCCGCGGGACGUCCCGGGCCGGCCAGGGCAGGGGCGCCGGGCAGCCGGUGCUGGUGCGGCCCGUGAAGAGGGAGCAGAACGCGGGGGUGCUGUACCAGGGGGUGAACGGCCGGCAGCAGGAACAGCUCCUCCAGACGGUGCACGUGCUCCAGCCCAACCAGGGAGCGGCUGUGCCAGCCCCAUCUCACGCUGUCCGAACCAUCAAUGUGCCAGCCUCUGUACAGGCCACAGUUCCUGUGAUGAUGACCUCAGGGGCCCAGGGAGGGGGCACGGUCACCCUGCAGACUGUGCCACUGACCACUGUGCUGGCCAAUGGAGAUGCCGCCCAUUCGUCCCCGCAGAGGGUGAUCCUGCACACGGUGCCCUCCUCCACACCCGGGCUCAAAGACAUGAUGACCUUCCAGGCCACAGCUUUGAGCUCUGCAGCCUGCAGCCUGUCCGACAGCCCCCAGCCCCCGCAGCUGCUGGUCACCAGCCUGGGCUCUUCCUCCGGUGGGCUGAUCAACACUACUGCCCAGUCCAGCUCCCUGAACGGCAUCACCCGGCUGGUCACCGUCAAUGCAGGGGGCCAGCCGGUGGUGGCCCAGCAGCCUGGCACCGUCAUCGCCACUGUGCUCAAGCCCGGCGACCUCAAUGGCAUCCAGGUCAAGGAGGAGAUCCUGGACCCCCAGUACCUGCAGUCGCUGGUGAACGGCGACCCCUCUGCCAGCUCGGAGGGGAAGGCCCUGGCGCUGGAUGGGGGCGGAGCCGAACUCAGCUACCGAACCGUCAUCAUUAGCAGUGGUGCGCAGGAGCCCGGCCAGGGCUUUGAGACCCAUGCCCAUGGACCCGCGGGGCAGAUGGAGGCCGGGGACCAGAGCAGCCCCACAGUUGGCCUGACCCCCGUGGAAGAGCUGGAGGUCAAUGGGGAGUUGGCCCUGGAGGCCGAGCCCACAUCCAAGCACCUGGCCUCCCUUGCCCAGCGCCUUGUCCCCCAGCUGCAGCUUUCGGGGUGCCAGCCUGUGCCGGUCCAGGUCGCCCCCUCCCCCUACAGCCCUGUGCAGGUCAAGACAGAGCCCGAGGACACAUAAGGAGGGACAGAGGCAGUCCUCGACAGUGAAGCAAUACGGAAAUAAUCAAAAGUUAAAAAUCCGACAAGACUUCUUUUUUAUAACCUGGUCAGCUGUCUUCGUGUAAUAGAGGGUUCUUAAUUUAUUGCUCUUAAAAGCUGGUCAUGUUUGGACCUUUCAGAAUUCUGUUUACUUACAAAUAAUGUGCCUAAAUUUGAACAUCAAGGGAUUGUUUUUUAUGGUGUGAAUCUUGAUGGCCUGGAGUUGGCUCCCUAAAGCACACAGCACAGCUGUUAAUGUUACUCUCCCAUACGAAGCCACAAGAAUAGCCAUUUGAGGACUUCAACAGACUGCUCAGAGAUGCCAGAUGAAAGAUUCAUUGAUCCAACCUCCACGGCUCCAUUAGACAGGGUUUGGAGUACACUCUGCAGUAACGCUGUGCAACAGGAGGAAAGUCCCCUCUCCGUGGAUGUGCUGUACUGUGCAAUGUCGAGGAAUGAGAAAAGCAAAACCAAAACAAGAGAAGUUGUGGAAUCUCAAAAAAGAUGCUGAAAUUGAUUUAAAAAAUGCUGUUCCACUGUUCAGCCUUUUGUGUUGAAUUCAUUGGCAGGCCUGAGUUCAAAGAAGAAAUCAUUCCCAUUCAAAACAUAAAGACUGUUGUUCCUGAACUAAUAAUUGCCCUAGAGACAGUUCUAAUGUUUAUAAUGCACAAUAGUAUUUUUGUAUGGACAACAUUUUACAGUGCUUGAGGCAAAACAAUAACCAAAUGAUCUGUACUGUUAUGACAGUACACUGGGAUACUGACUAGUCUUAGUAACCCUGAGCGUUCACUCUUAGCGGUGGAGCAGGGUCAGUGAAGUGUCCCGGUGUCUUUGUGGUUCUUCGACAUAGAGAGCUGUGGCCUUAAAGCAUGUGUGGUUGCCAUGGAAAUGGGCAUUUCCUGUCUUCACGGACGAAUUACAGCCAUGUUUGUAUAUAGCUAUAGACUCUGAUGACGGUGCAGCUCAGAAAAGAUUCUUGCGAAAAAAAAGACUGAUUUAAUGUGUGCUGCCAAAGUGAAGACAGAGUCGGUCUCUCAAAGCUUUAAGAAAUGUUAAUAAAAAAGUGAGAAAUAUAUAUAUUAAAAUAUACUAGUAAGAUGGAUUGUUAGGCCACAAAUUUAUUUAUUUUUUAGUAAAUUCCAAAUUGUGUAUUACAAAAAUAUAUAUCUUGAGGCACAUGUUUUUUUAUUAUAUAUAAACAUGAGAGGGGGGAAAUCCAUCUAUGAUAUAUUAUAAGGAAGUUGAAUGAUGGUAAAUGAAUAUUAAUUUUUUAUAAACUCAAAAAGAAUUACCAAAAAAUGUUUUCUUAACAUUCCGUACAUGCUGUGAGCAGCAGAUUUUUUUAUAUUUUCUUACUUUUUAAACUGAAACAGGAAAACCCCAAAAUAACACAAUGUGAAGUGAUAACUUUUCUAGGUAACGAUGCCCUGUUAUUGAAGUGUAAAUAUUCUUUGUGGUGUGUUGAUAUUUUUGUCUUUUGUGUUCUUCGGUUUCUAUUCUUAUAGCUGACACUCCCCUCCAGCUGGCCCCUGUUGGAUAUUCACUGGCUAGUGUCCUCUGCAUCAACUGCAUGCAUGCACAAAAUUAGGACACCACCGUAAGGUUACUGCUGGAGACCAAUUGGUUAUUUGCUUAUUUUAAUAGCUAAUUUAUAUAAAGAUAUAAUUUAGCUCUCUAUCGAAAGAAACCUAGUUAUCGCCUUCAGCAAUAUAGCUGGGUAACUUGUCUACAUUUCUGUGUAAAGUGCCUUCUGAUCUUGAUUUUAAAUGCACUUCCCUGUAGUUUCCACUUGUGACCUCUGGACUCCUGUUUCACUGUUCAUUCUGAAGACAUCCACUGGGUGGCUUUGGUCGUGCCUUUGAGAUUUUUGAAUACUUGAAUCAACUUCCAGGUGUAACUUUUAACAACAGUGUAGGAGUUCUGUAUCUGUUUUAUAAAUUUUUAUACAUCUGUGUUGGAGAACAUGCUCCUCCUCAUGCAGUAACAUGGGUGUGCUGGUUAGGGCUCUGGCCUGACUGGGGGCUUCAAAUCCCACACAUUGCUCCAGUCACUGCCCUGCAGUAAAAAUGGGUACUCUCCAAGAUGUCAAGAUAAAUGACAUUUUGUUGUCAGCUGGUUAAAUAAAAUAAAUUAUUCCAAAUUGUUAACUAAGAGUGGCUUUUAGGUUUUAUGAGCUGAAUGGAACCCAUUUUCUGUCUUCCUCCUGAAAGAUCAGUAGGGGGCAGCUGUGAGCCCUGGGUUGGUGAUCUAGUGUGAUUAUUAUGAAGGACUGAAGGUCUAAGAUUGUGAGUUUCAAUGGGUAAGGGCCCUCAGUCCAAGCACUAUGAAUUCUCUUAAGCUCCGUUUUAAACUAGUGCUAAGUACUUGGCUCAAGACUGUACACUCUGACAGCGCUAACCCUUAACAGAUGAAUUUACCUGGCCUUAUAUCAGCAUACUUCUGUACAAAAGUUGUUAGAAGUCCAAAGUUUAAAAUCUCACUACUGAGAGACAAAAGGUGUUUUGAGGUCAAGCUGUUCUGUACUGGGCACCAGGAAUAAUAAAGAGCUUCUGUUACAAAUCCGUGUGCUAACGGCCACCUUAGUCUGCUCCACCCACCUUAAUCCAUAAAACAUUCCCCCAGAUUUUUAACUUUGGCAGUCUGGCUCUCUGUGAUUGGACAUAAAGAUGAAAAGUUCAUUUCAAGUGAGAGGUUUUUAACCCUCUGCCUAGCCCCGGUGUUAAGUUCAGUCUUCCUUGCAGGCUUGACAAUCAGCAAAGUCACAGUCUUGUGUUUAUCUGCAUUUAAGCCUGUAGCUAAAAAAGCCUAGGUAUAUCUGAGGAAUUGUUUUUUUUUUUUUGGAGCAUAAUCUCAAAAAGGGGAACUUGCAUUUAAAAUCAAGCACUCUGAACUGUAGAUGGUUAGUACUUGUUACAGCAGUUGACUCCCCUUUCCUGACAGAUGUGUCCAGGUGUUAGUCUGCAUGCUUGCGUUGUGCUGAUGACAGCACCACCCUGUGCACCCCAUGCACAGCCCUUGUCCAUUGCCUUCCUUUCCUCCUGUAGUUGGGGAGGGUGUCAGUUGUUUUCUCCCUGUUCCUUUUGGUCAGGCUUUGUAUUCAACCAUAGAAAGUAGUGUAGUGUUUUUUUUCUUAAAACAGAAAUAAAACUUAUUUUGCUUUACGACAAGCAAACAAACAUUA